GGUUAUAUUUAGUUUCUGUUUACGGAGAGAACCGGGUUUGCCACUGCCAAAAUUUUCUUGGCCGCCAAGCUCCCACGAGCUAACCGACUCAAUAACUUCAUUUCUAACACACAUAAUCUACAGAGGAAGGAAAAGAAAGGUCUUGGGUUUCGUGGGAUUCAAUCGCUGAUCAUCCAAUGGCGUCUGAGAAACGGUGUCUAUAUGAGGUUUUAGGUUUAUCCCGUGACUGUUCUCAAGAUGAAAUUCGCUUCGCCUACAAAAAGCUCGCUCUCCAACGCCACCCCGACAAGCUCGUUCAAUCCGGCCUUUCUCAGGCUGAAGCCACCGCCCAAUUCCAAGAGCUGGUCCACGCUUAUGAAGUCCUUUCUGAUCCCAAAGAACGCUCUUGGUACGACUCUCACCGCUCCCAAAUCCUCUUCGCCGAUCGCAACACCUCCGCCAAUUCCCCCGUCCCCGACCUGUUCUCUUUCUUCUCCAAUACCGUUUAUUCGGGUUACUCCGACUCCGGUCGGGGCUUCUACAAGGUUUAUUCUGACCUUUUCUCUAAAAUUUAUGCCAAUGAAAUCAACUUCGCUAGGAAGUUAGGGCUAGGUUUAGAUAUCGUAAAAGAAGCUCCUUUGAUGGGGAAUUUAGAGAGUCCGUACGGUCAAGUUACGGCUUUUUAUAACUAUUGGUUAGGGUUUUCUACGGUUAUGGAUUUUGUUUGGGUUGAUGAGUAUGAUGCUAUGGCCGGACCAAACCGGAAAUCGCGGCGCGUUAUGGAGGAAGAGAAUAAGAAGUUGAGGAAGAAGGCAAAAAGGGAGUAUAAUGAGACGGUUAGAGGACUGGCGGAGUUUGUUAAGAAGAGGGAUAAGAGGGUUAUCGAUAUGAGUGUGAAAAGGAAGGAGGAGAUGGAAAGGAAGAAAGAGGAGGAGAGGGAGAGAAAGAGGAAGCUUGAGAAGGAGAGGUUGGCAAGAGUUAAGGCUUACGAGGAGCCUGAAUGGGCGAAAGUCGAAGAGGAAGAAGUGGACAAUUGGGAUGAAAUGGACGAGAAAGAAAGAGAGAAGGAAGAGUUCUAUUGUGUGGCCUGCGGGAAGAAGUUCAAGAGUGAGAAGCAAUGGAAGAAUCAUGAACAAUCGAAGAAGCAUAAGGAGAAAGUGGCGGAAUUGAGGGAAUCGAUAAUUGAGGAGGAAGAAGAGGAAGGGGAUUUAGAGGUGGAAGCGGAUGUGGAGGAGAAGUUUAGGGAGGGUUUAAGGAUUGAAGAGGAAAGGGAGGAUGAAGGAGAGAAUAGAGUAGGUGAGCUAAGUGAGGGGGAUGAUGGAUUUUUUUAUGCUGAUGCAGGGGAUGAAGAUGAAGAGGAGGUUGAGGUUGAUAGUGCUAAUGAUCAUGAUGAAGAAAAUAGUAUUCUUGAAGCAAUGGUGUCCGGGCAGAAAGAUAAGAAAAAUGUUUCUUUCAAGAGCGAGGGUAUGGUUUCGCCUACAGGAUUUCAUGUCAAAGAUGAAAGUGAUGAGGGAGAAUUUAUGAAUUACGGUAACCGGAAAAACAGAAGGAGAAACAGAACAGGGAAGAAAGAGAAGGGUAAAAAGAAUAGCGAUGAUGCCAUGAAAACUGAUGUUAACGAAACUAAAAGCAAGAACGAAGAAGCUAGCGUAAGUGAUAGAACACUGCAUGGGGAAGAGAAGCAACUUGUAGAAGAUGAGGGCAGUAGUGGUGAAAAGGAUGAUAAAUUGGGAAAUGGUGAUAAGGUUUCAAAGCAACCUACUGAUAGAAAAGGGAAUACAAAGAAAGAAACAAAUACCAAAUCAAAUAAAUCAUCUAAAGGAAAGAAAGCAAAGGCAACGGCAAAGCAUUCCGGCAAUGUAUGUGAGACAUGUGGAGAGGAAUUCCAAUCGAAGAAUAAAUUACAUAAGCAUUUGGGAGACAGUGGUCAUGCUACGUUGAAAUUCCGAUGAUAACAAUGAGGUAUCCUAUAUCACUAUUUGAUUUGUUAUCAAAUGCAGCUAAUCCAAUAGUAGCAUUUCUGAUUUUGGAUUUUAUUUUUUAUUUUUUCAUUAAAAACAUGAACAUUGACCAGGUCUUGAAUCGAAAGAUCUAUUCGUGUAAAAUGUUACCCUUAUUUUGAGUUCAAUAGAUUGAAUGUGGCUUUAAACAGCCACAAAAUUCUUUAGUA